AUGCUCUUCAUCAUCGUCACCAACAUCAUCAAUUCAAUGAACUUACCAGGGAACAGAGAAAAUGGAUUAGCCAAGGCACUUAUUUUCAGAGUGGCGUUCUUCGCUGAGAGUCUGGAGAAGUACCACAGCGAACAUAAAGAGGCCCUGGCCAUCAAACAGAAGAGGCACCUGGGCCUGCUGCUGGUGGACACCACUCUGCUUAAAGGGAAGCUCCUCCCCUCACCACUACGCUGUCUGGAGGCCAUCAAUGACAUGCUCCCCCUGCUGGCUAAGAGAAAGAUCGACGCCAUCAUCUCUGAGGCUCAGGAUGCCCAGUUCAAACUGGAGUUCAUCCCCUCUGCAACGACAGAGUUCGUCAACUCCCUCACCUUCCUAGAGGAGAUACAGGAGCGGAUGGAGUGGUUGGACGAGCAGACAGAGACCGCGUCCCAGAUGUACAAGCUGAUAGACUCCUACUCCGUGCCCAGCCCUCCUGAGGACUUUGCCGUCUACGCCACCCUGAAACCCACAGUCACCGGCGUACGCAACGCCAUCGACAAGGCCGUGGGAGAGAAGGACGCCAACGUGGACAAGUUCUGUAUCCACCUCCAACGGGACAUCUCCGACCUCAACAAGGAGGUCAAGAGGGUCAAACAGCAGGCUCAGAACAAUCAGAUCAUGGACAUCAACGCUGAGCGUCCCAAGGUCCGUCUGCUGCUGGACGAGGUCCAGGUCUCCAUAGACGAGCUGCAGAACCAGGCCUUCCAGUACAAAUCGUUCCAGAAGAACUUCAAGGUGGAGGUGACUAAGUACGAGGCGUUAGAGGAGCUGAGUGCGGAGGUCCACUCUCUGACUGAAACAGCUGCUGUGGGACUCUCUGGAGGAGUGGGACGCCCUGCAGGCCCCUCUGGAUGGAGUGUAAGUUUGAGGACCCAGAGACUCUGUGCCCAGGUCAAUAAGUAUGCCAAGUGUAGUAACCAGCUGGAGAAAGGCCUGCCACCCACAGAUGACUCUCCAGCUCCCAUGAUCAUGGACCUGAACCCGUGUCUGAAGGGCAGACACUGGGAGAUUCUGGAGGCCGUCAUGAGGCCAGUCUCCUGGAGAUGUCUGGCCUCUCUGGAGGGACUCAACAUCUUCAGCUACAGAGAGAUGAAGGAGGUGUCAGGACAGGCUUCAGGAGAGGCAUCGCUGGAGACCAUCCUUAAAAAGGUUGAGGAUUCCUGGAAGAGCACGGAGUUUCCGGUUCUCUCCCACCGGGACUCUAAAGACCUGUUCAUCCUGGGAGGAACGGAUGACAUCCAGGUGCUGCUGGAUGACAGUACCAUCAACAUGGCCACGGUGGCGUCCUCUCGCUACGUCGGCCCCAUCAAGACCAGAGUAGACGAGUGGCAGAGGCAGCUCAACCUCUUCAGCCAGACACUGGAAGAGUGGCUGACUUGUCAGCGUAACUGGCUGUAUCUGGAGAGUAUCUUCAGUGCUCCAGACAUCCAGAGACAGCUUCCUGCUGAAGCCAAGAUGUUCCUCCAGGUGGACAAGUCCUGGAAGGAGAUUAUGAGGAAGGUCAACAGGCUUCCCAAUGCUCUGAGGGCUGCUACCUCUACAGGUCUGCUGGAGAUCUUCCAGAACAACAACGCCCUGCUAGACCAGAUCCAGAAGUGUCUGGAGGCCUACCUGGAGUCCAAGAGAGUCAUCUUCCCCAGGUUCUACUUCCUGUCCAACGAUGAGCUCCUGGAGAUCUUGGCUCAGACCAGGAACCCCCAGGCCGUCCAGCCCCACCUCAGGAAGUGUUUUGAUGCUAUCGCCCGCCUGGAGUUCGCCCUGCUGCCCCCUCCGCCCCCCGGCACCAUGACAACGCAGCCUGCAGACGGAGAGCAGGAGAAGGUCUACAGCAACGACAUUCUGGCCAUGGUCUCACCUGAAGGAGAGAAGGUGGGCCUGGCUAAAGGUCUGAAGGAGAGUGGUAACGUAAUAGACUGGCUGGGUCUCAAAGUAGAGGAGGCCAUGUUCUCUUCCCUCCGCCGUCAGCAAGGCCUCCAUCCUGACUACCAGAGCAAAGAACGUUAAUGGGUGGUGGCUGGACACCCCUCACAGGUGGUGUUAACUAUCAGUCAGUUGAUGUGGUGCAGAGACCUGGACGGCUGUCUGGAGGGAGACCACGACCACUUCAUGGCCCUGCAGGACUUUGAAUAUGUCAACAUUGAUAGGCUGAAUGCCCUAGCAGCCCUGGUUCGAGGCCAACUCCCCACCCUGCACCGUAACAUCAUCACAGCUCUCAUCACCGUAGACGUGCACGCCAGGGACAUUGUCACAGACCUCGUGGCCCGGAAGGUUGACUCCAGCAGUAACUUUGAGUGGCAGAGGCAGCUGCGUUACUACUGGGACUUGGACCUAGAUAACUGUGUGGCCAGGAUGGCUCUGUCCACCUACAUCUAUGGAUAUGAAUACCUAGGGGCCUGCCCUCGCCUCGUCAUCACCCCACUCACGGAUCGUUGCUACCUGUGUCUGAUGGGGGCUCUUCAGUUAGACCUUGGUGGGGCUCCAGCAGGCCCAGCUGGAACAGGGAAGACGGAGACCACUAAGGACCUGGCCAAGGCUCUGUCCAUCCAGUGUGUCGUCUUCAACUGUUCUGAUGGACUGGACUACAAGAUGAUGGGGAAGUUCUUCAGUGGUCUGGCCCAAUCAGGGGCCUGGUGUUGUUUUGAUGAGUUUAACCGCAUCGACAUCGAGGUGCUGUCUGUCAUCGCCCAGCAACUCAUUACUAUCCGCAAUGCCAAGAUGGCCAAGCUGUCCAGGUUCAUGUUUGAGGGCAGAGAGAUCAGGCUGGUGAUGACAUGUGCUGCCUUCAUCACUAUGAACCCGGGCUACGCUGGACGCACUGAGCUCCCUGACAACCUCAAAGCCCUGUUCAGACCCAUAGCCAUGAUGGUGCCCAACUAUGCCCUGAUCGCUGAGGUGAUCCUCUACUCUGAGGGUUUUGAGUCCAGUAAGACUCUGGCCCGUAAGAUGACCCAGAUGUACAAGCUGUGUUCUGAGCAGCUCUCCCAACAGGACCACUACGACUUCGGCAUGAGGGCCGUCAAGUCUGUCCUCGUCAUGGCAGGCUCUCUGAAGAGAGAGAACCCCCACCUGAGUGAAGACGUGGUUCUGAUCAGGGCUCUGAGAGACUCCAAUCUGCCCAAGUUCCUCACAGACGAUGCUGCGCUCUUUGGUGGCAUCAUGUCUGACCUGUUCCCUGGCGUUUCCAUCCCUGAACAUGACUACGGUGUUCUCCAAACCACCAUCCUGGAGUCUCUAGUGAAACGCAACCUGCAGCCCCUACCCAGCAUGACGCACAAGGUGAUCCAGCUGUAUGAGACCAUGAUAGUACGUCAUGGUGUGAUGUUGGUGGGUCCUACAGGUGGAGGGAAGACCACGGUCUACUCCAUCCUGUCUGAUACCUUAGAUACCCUGUGGCAGGCUGGCCACGGGAAACACAACCCCUUCUACCUCCCGGUCAAGACAUACGUCCUCAACCCCAAGUCUGUCACCAUGGGAGAGCUCUACGGAGAGGUGAACAUAUUGACCCUGGAGUGGCGUGAUGGCCUGAUGGCGCUCAGCGUGCGAGCGGCCUGCAACGACACCAGCGAUGACCACAAGUGGAUCGUGUCGGACGGUCCGGUGGACGCGCUGUGGAUUGAGAACAUGAACACGGUCCUGGACGACAACAAGAUGCUGUGUCUGGCCAACAGCGAACGCAUCAAACUGACCCCGUCUAUACACAUGGUGUUUGAGGUCCAGGACUUAUCGGUGGCGUCCCCAGCCACAGUGAGUCGCUGUGGGAUGGUCUACAUCGACUCCAACGAACUCAAAUGGAUGCCCUAUGUCCAGACCUGGAUCACUGGCCUGGCUAAAAAGCUCCCUGAAGCAGUGUGUGUGUACCUGUUGGCGCUGUUUGAGCAGUACGUGGAGAAGGGUCUUCAGUUUGUGUGGAAGCGUUGUGUCCAGGCCAUGGGCCAGGUGGACAUCAGUAAGGUCACUACCCUCUGCUGCCUGUUGGAGGCGCUGCUGCUGGGAGACGGAAGACCAGACCUCAAGAUGGAAGCUAAGCACCUGAACAGUGUGUUGUGUCAGACAUUUGUGUUCUGCUACCUGUGGUCUGUGGGGGGUAACCUGACUGAUAGCCACUGGGAUGCCUUCGACAGCUUCGUCAGACAACAGUUUGAAGACAAUAAUGACGCCAAGCUGCCCAGCUCGGGGGACCUGUGGAGUGUGUUCAUGGACUUCAACCACAAGCGUCUGGAGCCGUGGGAGAGGAUCAUCCCCUCCUUUAGGUACAACAAGGAGCUGCCCUUCUUUGAGAUGCUGGUUCCCACCACCGACACGGUGCGUUAUGGCUACCUGAUGGAGAAGCUGCUGUCUGUAGGACACUCUGUUCUCUUCACCGGCAUCACCGGAGUAGGAAAGUCUGUGGUGGCCCGUGGUCUUCUGAACAGUGUCCAGGAGAAGGGAGGCUAUGUUCCCGUCUAUAUCAACUUCUCAGCCCAGACCACCUCGGCCAGGACACAGGAGAUGAUCGAGUCCAAACUGGAGAAGAAGAGGAAGAACAUUCUGGGUGCUCCUGGUAACAGAAAGAUAGUGAUCUUUGUGGAUGAUCUGAACAUGCCUAAAUUGGACACCUACGGCUCCCAGCCUCCAAUAGAACUGCUCAGACAGUUCCAGGACUUCCACGGCUUCUACGACCGAGAGAAGUUCUUCUGGAAGGAGAUCCAGGACAUGACGAUCGCGGCGGCCUGCGCUCCGCCUGGAGGGGGCCGUAACCCGGUGACCCCUCGUUUCAUCCGCCACUUCAGCAUGCUGUGUCUGCCCACUCCCUCCGAACACAGCCUCAAACAGAUCUUCAAUGCCAUCCUCAGUGGUUUCCUCAGUGAGUUCCCCCAGGCGGUGAGGUCUUCAGCAGGCAGCAUCGUAGACGCAGCAGUAGAGAUCUACCACCGCAUGUCUGUGGACCUCCUGCCUACACCAGCCAAGUCCCACUACGUCUUCAACCUCAGGGACCUCUCCAAGUGUGUCCAGGGUAUGUUGCAGUGUGAGCCAGGCACGGUGAGAGAUCAGACUGGGAUAUUCCGUCUGUUCUGUCACGAGUGUCAGAGAGUGUUCCACGACCGCCUCAUCAACAACGAAGACAAAACCUACUUCAACACCAUCGUCUCUGAGAUGGCCAGCAAAUAUUUUGGCUUCAAUUUAGAACCCAAUUACUUUGUGACCAAACCCAUCAUAUUUGGAGAUUUCAUCAAGGUGGGUGCAGAGAAGGCAGAUCGUCUGUAUGAGGACCUAACAGAGCCAGAUAAGAUCAGGGCUGUGCUCCAGGACUACCUGGAUGACUACAACAUGACCUUCUCCAAGGAGACCAAGCUGGUGUUCUUCCAGGACGCUGUAGAACACGUCUCCAGGAUAGCGCGUAUGAUCCGCCAGGAGCGCGGUAACGCCCUAUUGGUGGGCGUGGGGGGCACGGGGAAACAGUCACUGACGCGGCUGGCGGCCCACAUGUGCGGCAUGCGCUGCUUCCAGAUAGAACUGAGCCGAGGAUACAACUACGACAGCUUCCAUGAAGACCUGAGACGACUGUUCAAGAUGGCUGGGGUGGAGGGCAAGGACAUGGUGUUCCUCUUCACUGACACACAGAUCGUGGUGGAGGAGUUCCUAGAGGACAUUAACAACAUGUUGAACAGUGGAGAGGUGCCCAACCUGUUUGAGAAGGAUGAUCUGGAGCAGGUCCUGGCUGCCACACGGCCCAGAGCCAAGGAGGCCGGCAUCAACGAGGGAAACCGAGACGAGGUGUUCCAGUUCUUCAUCUCUCGGGUCAGAGAGAAGCUGCACAUUGUGUUGUGUAUGAGUCCUGUAGGAGAUGCCUUCAGGUCCCGCUGUCGUAUGUUCCCCUCUCUGGUCAACUGCUGCACCAUCGACUGGUUUGUACAGUGGCCCCGUGAGGCCCUCCUCUCCGUGUCCCAGACCUUCUUCCAGAACGUGGAGUUUGGCAGUGAGGAGAUGAAGGAUCGUUUCAGUGAGAUGUGUGUGGAGAUCCACGUCAGUGUGACAGACAUGGCCGAGAGGUUCUACUCUGAGCUGAGACGACGCUACUACACUACCCCCACCUCUUACCUGGAACUGAUUAACCUCUACCUGGCCAUGUUGGGAGAGAAGAGACAGCAACUAGUGGCUGCUCGUGACAGGGUAAAGAAUGGUCUGACUAAGCUGUUGGAGACCAACGUGUUGGUGGAUAAGAUGAAGGUAGACCUGUCAGCUCUGGAGCCUGUCCUCAAACAAAAGUCUAUAGACGUCAACGCCCUCAUGGGGAAACUAGCCGUGGACCAGGAGAGUGCUGACAAGGUGCGUAAAGUGGUGAAGGAGGAUGAGGCCCUGGCCAAGGUGAAGGCUGAGGACACCCAGGCCAUAGCAGCAGACGCCCAGAGGGAUCUAGACGAGGCUCUGCCGGCUCUGGAAGGUGCCAACAAGGCCCUGGACUCACUGGACAAGGCAGACAUCUCAGAGAUCAGGGUCUUCACCAAACCACCUGACAUGGUCAUGACUGUCAUGGAGGCCGUCUGCAUCCUGCUGGGCAGCAAACCAGACUGGUCCAGUGCCAAGCAGGUGUUGGGUGACUCCUACUUCCUCAGGAAGCUGAUGGAAUAUGACAAGGAAAACAUUAAGCCCCAGAUUCUCCAGAAGCUUCAGAAGUACGUGAACAACCCGGACUUUGUUCCUGAGAAGGUGGAAAAGGUGUCCAAGGCCUGCAAGUCCAUGUGUAUGUGGGUCCGGGCCAUGGACCUCUACUCCAGAGUCCUCAAGGAGGUCGGACCCAAGAAAGAAAGACUGGCCGCCGCACAGACGGAGCUGAACGCUACCAUGGCAACCCUGAAGGAGAAGCAGGCCCAGCUACAGGAAGUACAGAACAAGAUUAAGAUCCUCCAGGACCAGUUUGACCAGAGCAUCGCAGAGAAGGAGGGUUUGGCUAAGACCAUGGCUCUGACCGAGGCGAGGCUGGGCCGUGCAGGGAAGCUGACAGCAGCUCUGGGGGAUGAGCAGGUUCGCUGGCAGGAGAGCAUCGAACUGUUUGAACAGGAGAUCCAUAACGUGGUGGGGAACGUCUUCAUCGCUGCAGCCUGCGUGGCGUACUACGGAGCCUUCACAAUGCACUAUAGACAACUGCUGAUAGACCAGUGGAUUGUGCGAUGCCAGGAGUUGGGCAUCCCCAUCAGUGCCAGCUUCAGCCUCAUCAACAUCCUGGGCGACCCCUAUGAGAUCCGCCUGUGGAAUGCCGAGGGGUUGCCCCGGGACACCGUUUCCACUGAGAAUGGAAUCCUGGUUACCCGUGGACGCCGCUGGCCACUCAUGAUCGACCCUCAGGAUCAGGCCAACCGUUGGAUCCGUUCCAAGGAGACCAAGAACGGUCUGAAGGUGAUCAAGCUGACCGACUCUGGUUUCCUGCGAACCCUGGAGAACGCCAUCCGCAUGGGCAUGCCCGUACUGCUGGAGGAGCUGAAGGAGACUGUGGACCCGGCUCUGGAGCCCAUCCUGCUGAAGCAGACGUUUGUGGCGGGCGGCCGCACCCUCAUCCGCCUCGGAGACUCCGACAUUGACUACAACAAGAAAUUCAGGUUCUACAUGACCACCAAGAUGGCCAACCCACACUACCUGCCUGAGGUGUGUAUCAAAGUGACCAUCAUCAACUUCACCGUGACCAAGUCUGGUCUGGAGGACCAGCUUCUCAGUGACGUGGUUCGUCUGGAGCGUCCUGACCUGGAGGAACAGAGGAACCAGCUGAUUGUGAGGAUCAACGCCGACCGCAACCAGCUGAAGGCCAUCGAGGACCGCAUCCUCAAACUGCUCUUCAACUCCAAGGGAAACAUCCUGGACAACGAGGAGCUGGUGCAGACCCUGCAGGAGUCAAAGGUGACGUCAGAGGCCAUUAAGCAUCGUUUGGAGGAGGCGGAGGCGACAGAGCUGAUGAUCAACGCGGCCAGGGAGCGCUACCGGCCCGUGGCCACACGAGGCUCCGUCAUGUACUUUGUCAUCGCCAGCCUCUCUGAGAUAGACCCCAUGUACCAGUUCUCCCUCAAGUACUUCAAGCAGCUCUUUAACAUCACCAUAGAGAUAUCAGAGAAGAGCAGUGUUCUGGAAGAGCGCCUGCAGAUCCUCCUGGACCAGACUCUGCUCACCAGUUACACCAACGUAUCCCGCGGCCUGUUUGAGCAGCACAAGACCAUCUACAGCUUCAUGCUUUGUGUGGACAUCAUGCGCCAGCAUGGGGAGGUCACUGACGUGGAGUGGCAGCACUUCCUGCGAGGAGCGCCCCCCCUUGACAAGGAUCAUCCAGAGAGGCCUGAGGUGCCAUGGCUGUCAGAGUUUACCUGGCAGACAUGCUGUGAGCUGGAGGACACGCUGCCCUGCUUCAACGGCAUCAAGAGAGAGAUCACCGCCACACCCAUCUCUAUAAAACUAGGUCGUCUGGAAGUGUGUUUCAACCCAGAGAACUGGCAGGGCUACGUGUCUGACUCCCAGCUGCCUCCCUACUCAGAGGAGAUGUCUGAAGAAGAGAAGGAAAAGGCAGACGGGGUCAGGGGUCACUGGGAUCAGAGACUGGGGGCCUUCCAGAAACUGGUGCUCAUCAAGAGCUUCAUGGAGGAGAAGGUGGUGUUUGCGGUGACAGAGUUUGUGAUCGUGAGCCUGGGGAAACAGUUUGUAGAGAACCCUCCUGUUGACCUGGCCACUCUCUACAGUGACAUGUCUCCCUCCACCCCCCUGGUCUUCAUCCUCAGUACCGGAUCAGACCCCAUGGGAGCCUUCCAACGCUUCGCCAAGGAGAGGGGAUACCUGGACAGGGUGAGGUCUAUCUCUCUAACACACUGGUGUGUCCAUGAGAACUUCAGGUUGUUCCUGAGCUCCAUGCCCACCAAGGUGUUCCCUGUCACCGUCCUGCAGAACUCUGUCAAGGAGACCCGAUUCUACACACUCACCUUUAUAUUGACUCUGUAUGAUGAAACUCAGGUGACCAACGAGCCUCCUAAGGGUCUACGUGCCAACGUGCGCCGGGCGUUCACUGAGAUCACAAACAACUUCUUUGAGGAGCACAUCCUGGGACGCCAGUGGAGGAAGAUCAUCUUUGGAGUCUGCUUCUUCCACGCUAUCAUACAGGAGAGGAAGAAGUUUGGUCCUCUGGGCUGGAACAUCCGUUAUGAGUUCAACGACAGCGACAGAGAGUGUGCCCUGCUCAACCAGAACCUCUACUGUCAGACUGGUCACAUACCCUGGGAUGCUCUCAUCUACAUCACUGGGGAGAUAACCUACGGAGGCAGGGUGACCGAUGCUUGGGACCAGCGCUGUCUCCGCACCAUCCUCAAACGGUUCUUCUCUCCUGUCACCCUGGACCCAGGGUACACCUUCUCCACCUCAGGUGUCUACUUUGCCCCCGAGGCAGACAGACUGAGUGACUAUAACAGGUACAUAGAGAACCUUCCUCUCAUAGACGACCCUGAGAUCUUUGGUAUGCACGAGAACGCCAACCUCGCCUUCCAGCGUCUGGAGACUAUGACCCUGAUCAACACCAUCCUGGAGGUACAGCCUCGCUCGUCAGCCCGCGGCGGGGGCAAGAGCAACGACGAGAUCGUCCACGAGCUGGCUGACUCCAUCCUCGCCAAGAUCCCGGAGUGUCUGGAUAUGGAUGAGGCAGCAGAGGCUCUGUUUAUUCGUGACGCCAACGGACGCCUCAACUCCCUCACCACCGUCCUCGGACAGGAAGUAGACCGCUUUAACAACCUGCUGCGGGUCCUCAGGGUGUCUCUGUGUACCCUCCAGAAGGCUAUAGCAGGGCUGGUGGUGAUGUCAGAGGAGAUGGAGAGAAUCUACACCAGUUUCCUCAACAACCAGGUUCCAAUCCACUGGAGCUCCUCAGCCUACCCCUCCCUCAAACCCCUGGCCAGCUGGGUGAAAGACCUGGCCCUCAGGACCUGCUUCAUCCAGAACUGGAUCACGCGGGGUCAGCCCAAAUCCUUCUGGAUCUCUGGACUAUUCUUCCCUCAGGGCUUCCUCACUGGGGCGCUACAGAACCACGCCAGGACCUAUAACCUCCCCAUCGACGAGCUCAACUUCCGUUUCAACGUGUUGCCGGUCUACCUAGACCAGGGGGCCGUGAGCGAGGCGCUGAAGACCCUACCAGCCGGGGGCGAGCUGGACAUGGACUCUGAGCUACCCACCAUCAACGACGGCGUGCUGGUGCACGGGAUGUUCAUGGACGCCAGUCGCUGGAACGACGUCGACAUGGUGAUGGAGGAUGCGUUGCCGCGGGUGAUGAACACCAUGCUUCCCGUGGUGCACUUCGAACCCCAGCAGAACUAUGUCCCUGAUCCGUCUCUCUACCAGGCUCCGCUGUACAAGACCUCAGCUCGGGCUGGGACUUUGUCUACUACAGGCCACUCUACUAACUUUGUGGUGACGGUGAUGCUGCCGUCCAGCCUGCCUAGUGACUACUGGAUCACCAAGGCCUCAGCCCUGCUCUGUCAGCUUAACGAGUAGUGACCCACCCACAGACACCCCCCACACACACACCGCUGUACUUCUACACCUUCAAUACCAGCAGCAGUGAUGAAGCCCAUUCUCUAUGGACUCUUGUUUUCUGGAAACCAGUGACUGUUUCUCGUGUCUGUAUUGAGAAGUAUUCUACUGUGUACUCUCUCUCCCUGCUAAUCAGUUGAAGGGAUUAUUUGUAUGGGGGUCCAAAAUGGCAUUUUUCUUUUAUUUUCCGAGUUGCUUUGAUUAAAUACCAUGUAGCAGU